AUGAGUUAUGAAGAUGUUGAUGCCCACGCAGUCCGCAUUCUUCCUCAAUGUCGCAUUUCUCUCUUCGGCCUACCGCCUACACCUCUCUUUCCUACAAACUUGACAUUGCACCCUCUCCUCGGCUCCUUUGCUGACAGUGACCACCCUGUGUCCUGGGCAGUCAGCCAUCCAGCCAGCCAGCCAGCCAGCCAGCGGGUCGAGCAGACAGCCAUUUUACCCAGAUGA